AUGUAUAGUUUUCCAAAAGACGAAAGAAAAGAAUUAUGGAUAAUAAAUUCAGGAAACACAAAUUUGUUUUCUAUUGAACCAUUUAAACUCCACAAUAGGUACAUUUUUCAAGAACAUUUCCCACCUGAGAGUUUUAUUCAAAAUUUUACUCAAAAUCGUUUAAUAGACACUGCUAUUCCCUAUAAUUAUAAAUCUGAUGCACAGCCAUCUACAUCAUCAGGCUUUGAUAAAAAUGCCAAAUCUGAACAGGAGUAUAAUAUUUUAAAGUUAACACCAACUAAAACAUAUACACGCUCAAAAUCAGACAUCGUAGAGUUAGUUUUUCCGAGCCCCCCUUCAAUGUUUUCUACUCUUCAAAAGAUUAAAAUAACAAAUAUAAAAGACAUGCCUAGCCCAAAUUUAAAAAGGAAAUCGGAUUUGAUUGAAAUAGAUACACCUAGAAAAAUAAACCUAAAAAAAAAAAAUAAAACAAAAAAACAUAUUAAUUCAUAA